UUGACACUGUGUACCAAAGAAAUGGUGAUGGAGAAGCCAAGUCCCCUGCUUGUAGGGCGGGAGUUUGUGAGGCAGUACUACACUCUGCUAAAUAAAGCUCCUGAUUUCUUGCACAGGUUUUAUGGCAGGAACUCUUCCUAUGUCCAUGGAGGACUGGAUGCCAGUGGAAAACCACAAGAAGCUGUGUAUGGUCAAGCUGAGAUACACAAAAAAGUGAUGUCCUUACAGUUCAGUGAAUGUCACACCAAGAUUCGUCAUGUGGAUGCGCACGCUACUUUGAGCGAUGGGGUGGUUGUGCAGGUGAUGGGAGAGCUGUCCAACAACGGGCAGCCCAUGAGGAAGUUCAUGCAGACUUUCGUACUUGCUCCAGAAGGAUCCGUACCAAACAAAUUCUAUGUCCAUAAUGAUAUCUUCAGAUAUGAAGAUGAAGUAUUUGGAGAUUCAGAAGGAGAGCUUGAUGAAGAAUCUGAAGAAGAGGUGGAAGAGGAGCAGGAAGAAAGGCAGCCCUCACCUGAACCUGUGCAAGAAAAUGCGAGCGGUGCUUACUACGAAAAUCACCCUGUAACUAAUGGGAUAGAGGAGCCACUAGAAGAACCAUCUCAUGAACCUGAGCCAGAACUGGAAUCUGAAACAAAAACUGAGGAGCUGAAAGCAGAAGUAGAAGAAAAGACCCUCGAAGAACUAGAAGAGAAGUCUCCAUCUCCACCUCCUGUAGAACCAGUUUCACUACCACAAGAACCACCAAAGGCUUUCUCUUGGGCUUCAGUGACCAGUAAAAACCUGCCUCCUAGUGGUACUGUUUCUUCCUCUGGAAUUCCACCCCAUGUUAAAGCACCCGUCUCACAGCCAAGAGUUGAAACGAAACCUGAAGCUCAGUCUCAACCUCCUCGUGUACGUGAACAGCGUCCAAGGGAAAGACCAGGUUUUCCACCCCGAGGACCUAGACCAGGGAGAGGGGAUAUGGAGCAGAAUGAGUCAGAUAACCGCCGAAUAAUUCGCUAUCCGGACAGCCAUCAGCUCUUCGUUGGGAACUUGCCACAUGAUAUCGAUGAGAGUGAACUGAAAGAGUUCUUCAUGAGCUUUGGAAAUGUGGUAGAACUUCGCAUAAAUACUAAAGGAGUGGGAGGAAAACUGCCUAACUUCGGCUUUGUGGUAUUUGAUGACUCGGAGCCAGUCCAGAGAAUUCUAGUUGCAAAACCCAUUAUGUUCCGGGGUGAGGUGCGCUUGAACGUGGAGGAGAAAAAGACAAGAGCCGCCCGUGAGAGAGAGACGCGCGGCGGCGGCGGCGAUGACCGCAGGGAUCUCCGGCGCAGCGAGCGCGGCCCCGGGGGGCCCCGCGGAAUAGUGGGUGGUGGCAUGAUGCGGGACCGCGACGGAAGAGGACCCCCGCCGCGGGGCGGCAUGGCACAGAAACUGGGCUCCGGCCGCGGAGCCGGGCAGAUGGAAGGCCGCUUCACGGGACAGCGUCGCUGACGUCGCCACUGCGGGCAGACAGGCUGGGCAGUGGUACAUUAUCCAUCGUGUUUGCAUUCUUGUUAAUUUUUUUUUUUUUGGCUUUGGAAUGUGACACAGCCCUUCUGAUCGUUUCUUUGAUGUGAAAGCAUCCUUUGGUUUCCGGUUUAAGUUGAGGUGGACGUUCUUUCCCCAGUUUCACAACAGGAGUCACGCUGUUAAUUUAUAAAUGUAGACUUGGAGAAUUGAGGACUGAAAAAAAAAAUGACCAUUUAAACUAUCUGCAACAAAAGUGAACUAAAGGACAUGCCCAAUAGAAUUGAGG